GAACGUCUCAUGAGUUGAAACGGUUGAAGUGAAACAGGGAGGAGCUGCUGGUUAUUAUCGCGGAUGUAAACACAAAUUUCUGCACUUUGCUGCUCACGGCUGUCUCUGUUUCAGGUUUGAGUGAAAGCUGGCCGUUGCUGAGCAGUAUGAUUGAUGUACGAGCAUGGGCAGAGUAUGUUGUGGAGUGGGCUGCCAAAGACCCCUACGGUUUCCUUACCACCGUCAUAUUGGCUCUGACCCCUCUGUUCAUCGCCAGCGCACUGCUGUCCUGGAAACUGGCCAAGAUGAUCGAGGCACGUGACCGCGAACAAAAGAAAAAGCAGAAACGUCAAGAAAACAUAAACAAGGCCAAGAGGAAGAAAGAGUGAGCCUGUGGAAGGGCCUGGAGAAGGAUAAGGGCAUAAAAGAAACAGAACGAGCAGCCCUCCUUAGUCCAAAUAAUGAUAUGUCCCAGUCCUACUGUCAACACAGGGCUGGCAGGAGGAAGGACGCUGGCCCCAUGGACUUGACAGUGCUGCAGUGGACAGUACUGCCAAGAGGUGACUUGUCUCUGUGGGACUGUGGUCAGCAGGAACCCAGUGGUCUUCUGUUUCACUUUUUUAUACAGAGAUCCUUGUUUUAACUGUGCAGCUGUUAAAACGUCUCACAUUCCAUUAACAUCCCUGUUCUGCUGAAAUAACCUGAUGAUGUUGAUUGGAAGUUUUCUCAGAUCAGCCACUUGUUACCAAAAUUAAAACUUUCUGAUCAAUAAAAAUUCUCAUGGUUCAUAGAA